AUGGAAGGAGACAUUUUGCGACAUUCAACCCCCAUAAUGGAUAUAGCAGACGCCAAUACAAUGGUCAAUGGCCAAAUUCUUGACCCUGCGGGCCAGGAAAAGCAAACCACUCCAACGAAUUUGUUGUCUGGAAAUGCUGGAAUUGGAGCGGACGAAUUAGGAUCGAAACCGGCAGCUUGCGUCAUCGGGGAAAGCAUGCCAGCCAAGAAGUACAACAGACAGCCCGUUUCCGAAAGCCAUGUGGUUAUUGGCCAGGAGAAAGACAGGGCUGCAGUUCAUGACAACGAAGGUGAGCUACAGCGUCGUGAUGAGGAGAGCCUGUCAGCAUCUCCAAAAAUUCGUCAAAAUGGAACAUUGGCGCGUUCAAUCUCACCCACAUUUCAAGAUAGUGAGAAGCAGUCGCCAUGCAGCCCAACAGAGGAAGUUACAGGAUUCUGCCCAGUGUUGGAUCAGGCCCCAGUGUUGGAUCAGCCGUCGGUCGUCAUCUCCAACUGCCGUUCUCAAGAGCGAGGAACGAAGGACUCUGUCUCAAUAACACGAAUGGCCUCUCCGAACAGAAAGCGAGACCGGGAUGAGUAUAUAUCCGAUGACAGCAGCGAUGACUCUGAUGGCCCCGACGAUGCGGACUACUUGGGCGAAAGUGGUAAAGACGCACAUGGAAACAGUGUUCCUUCCCAUCGACUAAAAAGAGCAAGGCCACCUGCCGUGCAGCUUAAGCCUAGACCUCCCCGGCAGAACACUAAACGCCUCUCGGUCGACGAGGCAGUUCAAUUCAAAGUGCCUGCAGAUCAGACUUCCCCAACAAGCUUGCACGAUAUCGAAACGAUUCCUAUCCGAGGUUUUCUUACGCGACAGAUACUUUUGUCAAGGGUCAUCUAUUCAGUUACGUUUGAAGAGCAGGCAGAGCAUUCCUGCUCUCAGAGAUCAGGCAGAGCUACACCACAUCAUGGAAACAAAAUUGGCAGCCAGCAUUCCAAGAAACCCCCCCAGAAAGGGUCCCGCGCUGGGAAAACGACUAGACCAACCCGAAUCCUGUCUAAGGACGACCAGCUUUUGAUUGAAUUGAAGGAAGAGCGGAGCUUGCCAUGGAAACAAAUCGCAGAGCAUUUUCCUGGAAGGUCGGAAGGCUCCCUGCAGGUGCGCUAUUGCACACGCCUUAAGGGCCGCAAGGCUGGAAAUUCUAGGCAUUCUGGCCGGAGUUCCAACGCGAGGAGCGAUUCUUCAUACAGAGACAGACCUUGCGAGGCAGUCCAAGCACCGGGUGGCAAGAGCAAAGGCACCGAAGAAGGUGUGUCAAGACCGCGAUACGGUCCACCUCGGCGCAGGCAAACGGUUGACCGCUAUUCCCCGGUUUGA